AAACUCAAACCAAUUACUAGUACUCAUACUAUCUAUCUGGCCCCCAUUUGAAUUCAAAUUCUGGAAGCAUUCGUCUAAACCUUUUUUCAUUUUUCAAAAUCUCUCUCUCUUUCUCCCUCCACUCUCUGUGAAACCCUAGUCACUCUAUACGCUCCCAUAUCCUCUACUUAACGCUGAAAUCAACCAUUUUAAGCGAACGACGGCGAUAUCAUGACGGCGGUGUCGCAAUCUGCCGGAAGAGAGCUCGAAAACCCCCCCAAGGACGGCAUAUCCAACCUCCGCUUCUCCAACCACAGUGAUCACCUCCUAGUUUCUUCUUGGGAUAAGACGGUCCGUUUGUACGAUGCAAGUGCUAAUGCCUUGAGAGGAGAGUUCAUGCACGGAGGUGCAGUGCUUGAUUGUUGCUUCCACGAUGAUUCAUCUGGAUUCAGUGCCAGUGCUGAUAAUACCGUUAGAAGGCUUGUGUUCAACUCUGGAAGAGAAGAUAUCUUGGGAAGGCAUGAUGCACCUGUUCGCUGCAUUGAUUACUCAUAUGCAACUGGACAAGUGAUAACUGGUAGCUGGGACAAAACCUUGAAAUGCUGGGAUCCUAGAGGUGCAAGUGGACAGGAACAUACUCUUGUUGGAACUUAUACACAACCAGAGCGUGUUUACUCUCUCUCUCUUGUUGGGAACCGGUUAGUUGUAGCAACUGCUGGAAGACAUGUGAAUGUCUAUGACUUGCGGAACAUGAAUCAACCUGAACAGCGGAGGGAAUCAUCCUUGAAGUAUCAAACUAGAUGUGUGCGGUGUUAUCCCAAUGGAACAGGCUAUGCUCUAAGUUCAGUUGAAGGUCGGGUUGCAAUGGAAUUUUUUGAUCUUUCUGAGUCCGGUCAAUCGAAGAAAUAUGCAUUUAAAUGUCAUCGGAAAUCUGAAGCUGGAAGAGAUAUCGUGUACCCAGUAAAUGCGAUUGCAUUUCACCCUAUCUAUGGUACUUUCGCCACUGGCGGUUGUGAUGGUUAUGUUAAUGUCUGGGAUGGUAACAACAAAAAGAGGUUGUAUCAGUACCCUAAGUAUCCUUCAAGUGUUGCCGCAUUGUCAUUUAGCAGAGAUGGUAAACUCUUGGCUGUAGCAUCAAGUUAUACAUUUGAAGAGGGAGAAAAGCCUCAUGAACCGGAUGCCAUAUAUGUCCGCAGUGUAAAUGAAGUUGAAGUGAAGCCAAAGCCAAAAGUUUUGCCAAAUCCUACCUCAUAAAAACUAGAAAUCCUCCUCCAUCCUUUCUCUGUGUUGAACUUGUUAUCAUAUAUUGAAAACGAAAAAAAGACUUUAUCUACUUCAUAUGCCAGUUUGAUUCCAGGACUCCAUUCUCUUGACUGGAAAUUUUAAAAAACAGUUGAAAAUUUGUAAUUAUUCACUUAGCAAUUGUACCUUUUCUAUGACAUUCCGCAGUCUCAUUCUCUAAA